AAUAAUUUAAAAUAUCAGUAUUUAUUAAAAUAUAAUAUAAAUAGAGUUAAAAUUAUUAUGUGGUGUCAUUAAAGAAAUAUUGAAAUGGUUAUUUAUGGUGUAUAUAUUGUUAGUAAAUCGGGAGGACUGAUAUUUAACCAUGACCAUAAUAUUCCUAAAAUUGAAAAUGAGAAAACAUUUAGUUAUCCUUUAGAUAUUAAACUGCAAAUAGAAAACAAAAAAAUCAUUGUAGCAUUUGGUCAAAGAGAUGGAAUACAUGUCGGCCACGUCUUAGUGUCUCUCAAUGGUAGUCCUGUUCUGGGUACUUCAUUGGAAGACGGGCGAGAUGUAAUGGAAAUAAUAGAAAAACGUGAAAGCUAUCCAUUGAAUUUGAGAUUUAGUAGACCUAAAAUGACCACAAAUGAGAAAAUAUUUCUUGCUAGUAUGUUUUAUCCUCUAUUUGCCAUUGCCAGUCAAUUAAGUCCAGAACCCAAAAGUUCGGGUAUAGAAGUUCUUGAAGCCGAUACAUUUAAACUAUAUUGUUUCCAAACUCUUACAGGAGUGAAAUUUAUGGUUGUAGCAGAACCUUUACAAACAGGAAUGGAAAUUUUAUUAAAAAGAAUUUAUGAAUUAUAUGCCGAUUAUGCAUUAAAAAAUCCAUUCUAUUCUUUGGAUAUGCCUAUUAGAUGUGAAUUAUUUGAAAACAAUUUACAGACAUUAUUGGAGCAAGUUGAAAAGUCAGGCAUUAGCAAUAUAUAAAUGUAAAAUAUGAAAAUA